AGCUACACGGAUUACGCACACACACAUAUACACGCACGCACGCACACACACACAAACACACACAAGUGAGUGAAUGUGAAUGCAAGUCAUCCUGACUACAGCACUUUAUCUACAGCAGGACCUUCAGUCUUUAAAUCCAGCAGCUACAACCACAGCAGCAGCUGUGUUUAGCCGAAGCAAACUCAUUUAGCAUCUUGUUAGCGUUAGCAGCCGAAAACCACAUGGAUACCAACACAAACAACGCCGAGGCGAGGCUGCUGCUGAGCCAAGCCAAGACCCUCCGGUUCCACACCGGAAAUUUAGUCAACCGAAGUCGGAUGAAGAAGUGUCCGAGUUCGCCCAGCGAGGAGCUUCGAGACUGCAUUCAAGCCACACUGAGUGACUGGUUGUCCUCACCAAAACUGCCAGCUACGGACUUUCCAGAUACUUUGGACUGCUCCAUCCCUGAGGUCACAGAUGCCAUCACACCUGAAGAACGAGAGGAAGUGAAGGUUUCAGUUAAGCUCUUUCUGUGUGAGCCGGCUCAGUCUGCCAUCAAAGAUGCAGUGGAGAUGGCUUGCCAGAUGCUGGCUGUUUCCCAGCUCGACUCUGUUAUCAUAGCGCCACCUUGGCCUCUGGAGGGUGACGGCCAGACUCUGACUCAUCUGCAGCCAGCAUGGGAGAAGCUGGAGGCUCUGGUCAGGAGCCAGAAGAUUGUGGCCAUCGGUACGUCUGAUCUGGACAAAGAUCUGCUGGAGCAGCUCUACAACUGGGCUCAGGUGAAGCCCAGCAGUAAUCAGGUCAACCUGGCCUCCUGCUGUGUGAUGCCUCCUGACCUGACAGCUUUUGCAAAAGAGUUUGACAUCCAGCUGCUCACGCACAACGACCCUAAAGAGUUGAUGUCAGUAGCCACAUUCCAGGAGGCAGUGCAGGAGGCCGUGCAUGACCUGAAGGUCGCUGACUGGAGGCUGGAGUGGGUCCUCCGUUACUCAGUCAUCGUCAAGAGCAGGGGCAUCAUCAAGGCUAAGGGCUACCUCGUCAGCGCGAGCAGGGCGAGCCCUUAGCACUCAAAGACGCGUGGAUGAAGCCAUUUUUAUAUUUUCAUUCUCACACAGCACUCAAUGAUACAGCUCUGCGUAAUGGAAGCUGCUAGUUUUGAAAUCUUGUAUCGUUUUAUCUUCUGAUAUUUUCACAUCUUCCACAUCUGUGAUUUAAUGUGCAACAGGUCAGGUAGUUAUCAUCUCAGUGAGAUCAGAAAUAGAUCAACUUCUGUGUCAGUGUCAUGAGAUUCAUAAAAUCACUUAGGUGACUAGCACUGUGUGAGCAGUACACUAGCGGCCAUGUUAAAGCACAGCAGAAGCUAAUAAAAAAAUUGUCUGCUUAGCUUUGGUUAGUUGAAAGUGAUUUAACUGUGUUUUGACAAUGUGCCUCUGUUGCUCAUGUUUUCACUGUACUGGUCCAAAUCAAAACAGAUUCUGGUGGUAAAUCUGUUUUUGAAAGAACCAAAGUUAGUCAAAAUUUUUAAAAUAUAAUUUUAAGACAUUAAAUAGGGAAUACAGUUGUCUUUUAUACAUGCAUGUUGAAUUUGCUUUAUAACAUUCCUGUACUUUUUAAAGUAAUGCACCAUCUGAAGCCCAGUAUUUUUUUUUUUUUUCUGUUGCAGACUGGAUAUCUAAUUUAAAUUCAUAAUUUUGACUGUACUGUUUGAAGGUGCAUCAUGUUUACAUCCUGAUGCCCACAAGAUUAGUCUGAAAGAAGAGAGAGAGCUAUUUUAACAAGUUAUUGUAAUUUAUAUGUUGUAAAAACAGCACUGGAAACUCCUCAGAAAGAUGUAGAUCUAAUAUGUUUGAUGGAAAAAGAUAUUUUUUAAAUGCAAGUGU